UCGCAAUUAAAGACUUCCCAGAACAAAAAGUAUGGUUUUGAAUUAAUUGGACCAGCGUAUGAAACUCUGCGUGGUCUCGGUGAAAUUACGAAAUUUAUCCAUCAUUUAUUGAUAACGUGAGUGUCGUACAGUGCGUUUUCACCUGUGCUUUUUUCAUGAAAUCUAUCACCGACAAACGCUGGUGAAGAAAAAGACCUUCGAAGUGUUGUGUUUAUCGGCUCAGUCACGCACAUCGGUCAACUGUAUGUUUGUGUUUUUCGGCCGAGGAGAAACUUCUUACUUCUGACAAGUUUAACUCUUUGAAUGCGGUUUUAAUGCAUGGAUGAGAUGUAGUCACAAAAGAUUAACGUCUGUUCGUUCAAUAUGUCUCGAAGCAACGCUACAGUUGAAAAAGACUGCAGAAUACAGUAUAUAAAUGUUUCACGACAAUUCGAUUUAGAGCGUCAAAGGAGAGCGAAUCGAUGUGCACAUCAAGAUGGGAUGUUCCGUGAGUUUGAUAAAGUUGACACUGAUAUUUCUGAAACGUGGCGAAGGGCAGCUCUUCUGGUGUCCUUCGCGUCCAUAACGAUAACUUUAACCCUAGGAAUAGCGUACUUUGUAUUGUCGACCCUGGAUGGAAGCCCAGCAGCAUUUGGCUUCGCGUUUGCUGCAGUCUUAGAUGCCUGUUCUUCGGCUGUUGUGGUAUGGAGAUUCUCAGGCGCAGCGGGACAAAAAUAUUCCUUUGAACGAGAACGAAAAGCGUGCAUUAUAAUUGGAGGAUGUUUCGUUUUGUCUGGCUGCGCGAUCCUGUCCAAAGCUGUCUACAUGCUAGUUGUUGACAAUGAGCCGAAAAGGAGUACACCACUUUUGAUAACAACUUUUGCCGCUUUUGGUUUCAUGGUAUUGUUGGCCUGGUUUAAAUACCUUAUUGCUUAUAAAGUAGACAGCAGAGCUCUCAGAACAGACGCCUUUAAUUCGACAGCAGAGGCAGUAAUGGCUUUUGUAAUGGCUAUGAGUGACGUCAUCUACGAUCAGAAUCCUAACAUUUGGUUCUUAGACGCAUCUGCCGCAAUUUUCAUUGCAUUUAUUCUUUUUGUUUAUGGCAUCAGGACGAUUGUGGAGUUGCUUCUCACCAAAGGACUGGCUCCGAUUCCGAGCCGUUAACUGAAGAUUAUGAUCACGUGUUCGAUUGGUAUUCGGUCCAUGAAGAGUAGCGAGAGUAUUGUAAUCGUUUAGCUUUACGAAUGUCUUUACCUGUGUUUUAUGUUUACGUAAGAGAGCGAGAAAGUUUCUAGGAAAAGAAAUCAAGGAAUAAGUAUGAUAAAUGAAAAGAAAGAAAAACGAAAAAGAAAAAAAAAAAGAAUGAGUUUUGCAUAAUUUUCUAUAAGAAUGCAGAACCUUUCUUGGUUACAUGAGAAAGCAAGAAGGUUUGUAAAUAAUAGUGUAAGAACAAGUUUGAUAAAUGAAAAGAAAGAAAAAGGAAAGAGGAAACAGGAAAAGGGGGAAAAAAGAAGCCUUUCUCGAUUACUUGUGUUUGUAUAGUUGUUCUACUAGCCUGGUAAGCGGACGUACAAAAGUUGCGAAACAAAUUUUUUAUAGGCCUAUUUAAACUAAAACAUCAACAAAAAGUUUCUCAGAAAUAAAAGCUUAGUUAUCCAGGACAGGUUCUGCGAAUUACGAAUUAUUGUGUGGUCAGUCUUGACCUUGGCUGAAUGUCCGCGAAAAGUCUGGGUAGGAACUAAUGUUGACGUCACAGCUUCAAGUAAAGUCAGACCUGGUUGUUGCGUAACCUAGCUUUAAUUCUCCAGAAUAACAUUAAACAUAUGUAUGGUCAGUACGAAGGAGAAUUAACUUCGUUGAGUUUGGGAUAAAAAACUGAAGAGCGAUAGCUUGAAUUUCUUGCCUUUCAUACUUAGAAAAGCUCAGAUAUUUUUAUACGAGUUUACAGGACCGCUGAACAUAUUGAUACUUACAACUGGGUUGGAUAAAUAAUAAAAUGAUGAUAAGUUCUUAAUCAAGGACUGAGUUAAACUAUAAUAAAAAACCUUUUCUAUGAUAGGACGUAAGAUUGAGAUAAAUAUUAGGCUAGCUGUUUAUAGGUUAUGCAAACAAAAAAAAUAAACCCGUGAAUCAUAAAUGUUUUAUUGCCUAAAUAGAGUUGUUAACUUUCAGUUAACUUUAAAUUAAAGCUUUUAGAAGCAACGAGAAUUCUGCUAUUGUGGUUAUUUUGUAAAUAUAUGAAGAAAAUAAUAACUUUAAUAAA